CGGAAGCUGGCCCUCAUGGACAGCCAAGGCCGCGUCUGGGCCCAGGACAUGCUGCUGCGCGUGUCUCCCACACACGUUGCGCUGCUGGACCCAGUCUCCAAGGAGGAGCUGGAGUCUUACCCGCUGAGCGCCAUCGUGCGUUGCGACACGGUGAUACCGCCGGGCCAGAGCUGCUCACUGCUGCUGCUCGUGUGCCAGGAGCCCGAGCGCACGCAGCCCGACGUGCACUUCUUCCAGGGCCUGCGUCUGGCGGCGGAGCUGAUCCGAGAGGACAUCCAGGGGGCUCUGCACAACUAUCGCUCGGGCCGCGGGGAGCGCAGGGCGGCGGCGCUCAGGGCUACGCGAAAGGAGCUGCAGUGCCACCCCUCGCCCGCCGCCGAGACCCCGCCCCUGCAGCACCGCCCGACGGUCCGCGCCGCGAUCAACACGGUGGAGCCGGCCACGGGCCGCGGGCGACCCCAGGCGGACCCCAUCCCAGAGACUGCAGAGAUGCGGAGGCCGGGCCGGGCGGAGGUCUGCAGCAGCGCUGACCCGACCUCUCGGGACCUGGGCCCCUGCGGCCCAGACCUGGCCAGUCUGCAGGCGGAGCGGGAAGUGGACAUCCUGAACCACGUGUUCGACGACGUGGAGACCUUCGUAUCAAGGCUGCAGAAGUCUGCCGAGGCGACCCGAGUGCUGGAGCACCGAGAGCGCAGCCGCAGGACCCGGCACCGGGAGGCCGGGGGUGAGGAGGCGCCACCGAGUGGCAAUCCUGAACACCCCCUUCCUGGCCACUCCCAAAUAUCCACCCUCUCCCUUGGGUCUCCCCUUGCACCCCCUGCCAGUUUGACUCCCUAUCGCGAUCUCACUGGGUCUCUGCCUCUCUCUUCGACCCUGCCUGACGCUGUCUGCAUGUGCCCCAUCACCGCGCCUGCCUCUCUACCCACAGAGGGCCUCCUGACGCUGCGGGCCAAGCCGCCCUCAGAGGCCGAGUUCAUUGAUGUGCUUCAGAAAAUCAAGUACGCCUUCAGCUUGCUGGCCCGGCUGCGCAGCAACAUCGCCAACCCCUCCUCCCCAGAACUGCUGCACUUCCUGUUCGGACCUCUGCAAAUGAUUGUGGACGCCUCGGGCGGCCCCCAGUUCGCGAGCUGCGUGCGGCGGCCGCAUCUGACUUCCGAGGCUGUGGCGCUGCUGUGGGACAACGUCACCCAACUUGAAAACACGCUCUGGACCUCGUUGGGGGACUCUUGGACCCGCCCGGGGAUAGAGCUACCCUCAGAGGAGGGACCCCCAUACAGACCUGAGUUCUACAGCGGCUGGGAGCCCACAGCCACGGACCCACAGGGCCGCGCCUGGGAAGACCCGGUAGAGAAACAGCUACAGCACGAGCGGCGCCGCCAGCAGCAAAGCACUCCUCAGGUCGCUGUCAAUGGUCACCAAGACCAGGAACCAGAAGCUGAGCCCCAGGGGCUGGAGCCGGCGGGAAAGUGGGUCCUAUGUAAUUAUGACUUCCAGGCGCGCAAUAGCAGCGAGCUGUCUGUCAAGCAGUGGGACAUAUUGGAGGUCCUGGAUGACCAGCGCAAGUGGUGGAAGGUUCGGGACCAGAGGGGGCAGGAGGGAUAUGUACCCUAUAAUAUCCUGACACCCCACCCGGGGCCGCGGGGGGGCCGCAGCCUGGAGAACAGCACUCCCUCUCCCCCUCCACCACCAAUGUCGGCCCCGGCUCCGGCUCCCCCUCCACCACCAGCGCCACCAGCGCCGGCCGUGGCUCCGGCUCCCCACCCCCCACCAGCGUCCGCCCUGGCUCCGGCUCCCCCUCCCCCGUCAGCCUCGGCCCCGGCUCCUACCCCCCCGCCCCCUCCCGCACCAGUGCCGACCCUGGCUCCAGCUCCCGGUGCCCGACCAGCGCGGACCCAGGCUCCGGCUCCGUCUCGGUCUCCCAGGGACAGCUGCGAGAGCCUCAACAACUUGGACUCCGGCAAUAAGGAGAAAUUCUCCCAGAUGCUCAGUAUCAACGAGGAGCUGCAGGCACGCCUGGCCCAGGGCCUCACGGGCCCCAGCCGCGCAGCCCCGGGGCCUCGCGCCCCGGAGCCCCGCGCCCCGGAGCCGCAGCUCAGCCCGCGCUCCAACGCUUCGGAGGUCCGCGCCUGGCUGCAGGGCAAGGGCUUUAGUUCAGGGACCGUGGCCGCGCUAGGCGCACUGAGCGGCGCGCAGCUAUUCUCGCUGCAGAAAGAUAAGUUUCGGGCGCUGAGCCCCGAGGAGGGGGCGCGCGUGUACAGCCAGAUCACAGUGCAGCGCUCGCUGCUGGAGGACAAAGAGAAAGUGUCAGAGCUGGAGGCGGUAAUGAAGAAGCAAAAGAAGAGGAUGGAAGACGAGGUGGAAACGGAAGUCAUUUGAUCCUUCCCCGCCCCUCCACUAAGUUUCCAGGAAGCAGCCCCGCGGGAGAACGGACUCUGCAGACUGCCCCCACCAACGGAAGUAGAUCCCUCCAGGGAUCGCCGACCUGUUCCAGCCUUGGUCUUACCCCGUCCGGUUAGAUAAAUCGGCCCGUCCUUAAUGGAGUCUCCUGAGAAGUGCUCUCUUAUUGGCCGAGAACGGGCACUGAGACAAUUUAGGGCAAGUGCUUGCGCUCGGGAGCCCUGUGUAUUGUGAUAAUGCUACCCAGUCUAUA